GUAAACACAAACACGUGAAAUUGGUUAAAAUUAAAAAUUAAUACAAAAAUCUGCAUGUUUUUGUUGAUAUGAAAAUGGGAAGUAAAGCCAAAAUUAACUCCAAACAUAGGGUCCACAAAGGAAAAGCUAAAAGAUGGAAGAAAGGCCACAGUUCCACAUCAAAUCCAGAAAAGAAUAAAUUUAGGGAAGCUGCCAAGAACAGAUUUUUUAACAAAAUAGAAGGCCCCAGCUCUUUGACUGUUGAUGCUCUCGUGAAACAUGACAAAUCCCACAGCAGUACUGAUGUGGAAUCCAUGGCAACUGAGUCUGACCAGCAGACGAUGGGUACAUUCAAGACAUGGGCCACCAACUGGACUGACUGCACCAACACAACAUUUAGCAAAGUGCACCGCUACUGGUCCUCUAACUCAGCUCUGCAUAAAGAGAUAUUAGCUGUGUUGGCUGCUGUUACUGAGGUGAUCAAACUACAAGGAGGGAAGGAAACAGAGACGGAAUACUUUGCUGCUUUGAUGACCGCCCUGGAGACCACAGAAGAGGAUGAUUCCACUUCAGCUAUUGUUUAUCUUAUCUCUCUGGUCAUGAAACGAGUACCAGUAGCUGUUUUGAGAAGCAAGUUUUCAGAGGUUGCAAAAUGUUUCCUCGAUCUGAUGGCCAAAUAUUCCGAUGGAGAGUCAACAUCGCUGAUGAAAUCUCUCUUGAUGUCCCUGUCUCUGUUGCUGAGAUCACAAGAGGCAGCUGCCUGGAGUAACUCAUCCACACAGCAGAUCUACAAGGCAUUGCUUACUUUUGUAGCACACAAGAAACCCAAGGUUCGAAAGGCUGCACAUCAAGGUGUAUGCAUCGUUUUGAAGGGCAGUUUGUUUCUGUUGGAAUUGAACUCUCCGAAGCAUCAUCCAGCUGCAAGCCUCACAGCUAAGCAUUGUGUACAGGUCAUGGAAAAUGCUGGAGGUUUGGGAGAAGCGGUAGACACACUACACACACUGGCUCUGUUGAAACAGAUACUACCUGUUUUACCACUUAACUCCACCAAGGUCGUGUGUGAAACCAUUCUCAAGGUCAUGACCUUGAGCAAUGUGAUGGUGACUGCUGGAGGCAUGCAGGCUCUUCACAGUCUUUUCGCUGCUGCCCCAAAGCCAGACUGCUUAUCAGCAGCUUUAAAUGCACAAGUUAUCAAUGCCCUGUAUGACUACCAGCCAUCGGAGAAUGACGUACAACCAACCCAGGCCUGGCUUGUUGUCAUGGAAACAGCCCACAUUAACCUGGCCAGGUUGGAUGCAGCCCUGUGUUUGAGUCACUUGCCACGUCUAUUCUCAUCGGGGAUGCUGUGUAUGCUCUCCGUGAAGCCUGAAAUCACACAGGCAGCUGCUAAGAUGAUGAAGGGUGUGAUAUCGGAGUCACUAGGAGCCCAAGUCGACAUAGUGGGCUCCCAACUAGCGAGUGGGGGUUCAAACACACCCGCUCAGAAGAUUGUCCGGGCUUUAGAGAGUGGGCUUGGCUACCAGUUUCAUGCUUCCUGGGGUCUCGUGCUUCAGAUAUUUGCUGUACUGUACAAGACUGUGGGGAAAGCAAGUCCUAAGGCAUUUCAUAAGAGCCUGACUUUGAUGGCAGACCUUAGGGACAGUGUGCGGUUUGCCUACAAGGGGGAACUUGAUCAUGCUGUUGGGGCUGCAGUGAAAGCCAUGGGGCCAAGAGAGGUCCUAACAGCCAUACCACUCCAGAUAACUGGCCAGAGUGAUGACCUGGAUUUCCCGAGGAGCUGGUUGUUACCUGUGAUCAGAGACAACGUACAAGAGACCGAACUAGCCUUCUUCACAUCUUACUUUCUACCACUAGCUGCUAAACUGAGACUUAGGUCUCUGGAGUUAGCGGACCAGCAGAAUGUUGUGGCUUCCAAGACGUAUGAGGCAUUACAGCUGCAGAUGUGGUCCCUGCUGCCUGGCUUCUGUACAAGACCUACUGACCUAGUCGCUUCGUUCAAGGGUAUAGCCAAAGUGUUGGGUACUGCUAUUAGUGAGAGAGAUGACCUAAGAAUGGAAGUUAUGGCCUCGCUUAGGAAACUCAUCACUCAGAGUCUCUCAUCAGAGGAGGCACGUAAUGAGCUAUGUCGUUUCUCCAAGAACUUCUUACCAAUCUUGUUCAACCAGUACACGACUGACCCAACAACGGAAAAAGACAUGAGUAAACUAGCUGUUCUUGAGACUGUCAAGUGUUACCUACAGGUCACCGAUAAAGAGAGUGUAGCCAUAUUCUGUGAUAAAUGCAGAGAUAAACUGAAAGAAGAGGGCAUUUCCUCCUACAAAAGGUAUGCUCUCCAUGAUUUGCUGAUAGCCAUGCUGCCGUACCUUGAGAAACAGCAGCUAUUGACCAUAUUUAAACUAGCAGAGCAGAACCUACAGGUAUUGGACAAGUCGUUACAGAAGAAAUGUUACCGUAUUCUUGAGGAGAUAUGUGGGGGCAAGUCGGAGCAGACUAGAGAUUUUGUACAAUCCCACCUACAAACCAUCCAACAGACGCUGCUGGCCUCGUUAUCAUCUUCUAGCCCUUCGUCAAAGGCACCAAGACUGCGAUGUUUAGUAAAUAUUUUCAAACUUCUGGAAAUUCCCCAGAAUGACUUCUUGCUGGCUGUAGUACCUGAGGCUAUUCUGUGUACAAAAGAGGUAGCAGAGAGAGCACGUGUGGCUGCAUAUGCUCUUCUAGUAGAGAUGGGAAAUGCCAGUCUGCGCUGGGCAGGAGAGGAUAACUCAGGAGGCCUGGAGGAGUUCUUCAAGAUGGUGAUGGCUGGGUUUGCAGGCAGCCCUCAGAUGAUCAGUGCCACCCUGAUGGCCCUGACACGCAUCAUGUACCAGUUCAAAGACAAUAUAUCAUCGACCAUGCUGGAGUCCAUAUUGUCUGAUGUCUGUGUUCUCCUGAAGUCCAAGUCUCGCGAGGUGGUGCAAGGGGCACUGGGUUUUACAAAAGUUCUUGUAUCUUCACAUCAAGUGACCACAUUGGCUCCACAUCUUAAAACUAUUAUGUCAAGUCUCACUAGCAUGAAGGAAGAUUGCCAUCACCACUUCAGGUUCAAGGCAAAGGAGGUGUACACAAAACUCGUCAAGAAGUUUGGAUAUGAGACAAUAUAUGGCCUAGCCCCAGAGAGUAUACGAAGGCAACUGGUUAAUGUCCGUAAAACCAUGGAGCGUGCCAAGAAGCAGAAGACCCAGAAAGACAAGGGCCACGAUAGCAGUGAUGAUGAUGAGGAUGACAAGAAGUUUGCAAGACAUUCUGAGUCUAUUGAUGACCUUCUGAAGGACUCAGACUCUGAGCCUGAGGAGGAAGACAAGGCCAAGAAGUCAAAGGUCAAGGACAAGGGUCAAAAGGUGAAGAAGGCCCAAGGGGGUCAGGCAUGGCUGCAGGAGGGUGGGGAUGAUGACAUUACUGACUUCAUGGACACAUCCGCGGCUAAGAAAGUUAUGGCAACAAAACCAGUUGAGAAAAAACAAAAGAAGGCUGACUCUGGCUUCAAGACAGCUCCAGAUGGUCGACUCAUCAUUACAGAGUCCAGUGAUGAGGAAGGUGGUGACUCAGAUGAUGAAGACAUUGAUGACCUUCUGGAAGCAUUGGAAAAAGGGAGGGAUACUGGCAAGAUCAAGCAGACGAGGAAGAGGAAACUGGAUGACCUUGGAGAUUCGGAUGAUGAAGGGAAGGCUAAACCUAAAUAUAAAGCGGGAGGCGGAGGUAUUCAUCGACCCCUUGAUGGGCAGAAGCAAGUGAAGAAACCAGCCCCUGGAGCAGAGUACAAGGCCAAGAAAGCUGACGGGGACGUUAAAAAGAAGGGCAAGGUUGAUCCAUACGCUUACGUUCCCCUAGAUUUCCGAUCCCUCAACAAACGCAAACAAGCAAAGGUGAAAGGCCAGUUCACGAACUUUGUGAAAGGAGCGAAGAAAGGGGCAUUGAAGGGCAAAAAGGCAAAGAAAAAAACAUAGACAAUUUGAUUUAAUUAUUAUUUGUUAGAAUGUUUUAAACCCGAGAUUCCUUAUGGAUAAUGGGAAUACUGCUAUUCUAGUUAAGCAUACUUUUUUACCCAUGUGUUAGAAAUCAUUCUUCAAUGUGAGUAUUAAUGAUCAGCUAUAGUUUAAAUCUUGUUUAGCACAUUUUUUACCCAUGUUAAAGCAGGCCGGCUUUGAGAAAUGGCUUGAAUCGAAUGCUUAUCUGUUCCAGAUUUGCUGUGUACAAUUCUUGUGAAACAUACUUGUAUAUAAACUGUGUCAAGCAGAAAUGGGUCUGAUGGAAAAUAUAAUGCAAGCAAACCAUAUGAUGACAUAAGCAGACGCUAUGAUGAUAUAAGCAAACGCUAUGAUGAUAUAAGCAAACGCUAUGAUGAUAUAAGCAGACGCUAUGAUGAUAUAAGCAAACGCUAUGAUGAUAUAAGCAAACGCUAUGAUGAUAUAAGCAAAUAGUGUGAUGUCAUAAGCAAACCAAAUUAUGACAUAAGAAAAUGGUAUGUUGUCAUUAGCAAACAAUAUGACAUCAUAAGCAAAACAUAUGGAUUUGUUUCAAUAAUCUAUGAUGUUUAUGUAAAACUUUUUUAUGUGAUGCCCAAAACAGUUACUGAUGAUUAUAAAAAAACAACCUAUUUCUGCUCAUUGCUGUGCAAAUGAUGCUAAUUUACAAUGGUGUUAAUUUUGGUAGAAGUAAUGAUAUAUUCAAGCUAAAACAUGAAACUUGAAUGAUAAAGAUUUGUUCUAAUACAGGCAACUGACGAAUUAUGUAACAAUAUAUAUAUGAUUAUUGCCAACUAGUGAACGAUAGGCACCGCCUUCUAGUGUAUUGGUUAGAUUUUUUUAUACGAAUAUUCAACCUGUCUUGAAAAUUUAUAACAUACUAAUAAUGAAUUGUUGAAGAAUAUUUAUUAUUGGUUUGUUUAUGCAGUCUGUUUUUAUUAUGAUUAAUUGAAUAAAAGUUUUUAAAGGACAA